AUGCUAACCCUCGAGCAGGAUCGCGCUCCUGCAGCCGAUUUGCACCAUGCCUCCGUCAAGGCCUUCGCGCAGGUUGCCCCGCCGAAAGAGAAGGGUCAGUCAUCGCUCGACAGCUGGAUCGAGCCUCCGCUCAAGCCUCCUGCGCCCAGCUUCGAGGAUGUCGGCUUCGAAAGGCAGGGUGUCCUCACGACCAUGCAGCCGCUGGGCGUGAAGCCUACGGCAAAGGACAGGGCGAGGUCCAGGGUUGAUGGCCUCCGUCGCUCUGUGGCGGGCAAGAACGGCCAGCUGUCUGGAGCUGAGGAUUCGCGCGACACGCCCGACGUCGACGGCACACAACAGGCGGAGGACCGGGACAGGAACCCCCAGGACUAUGUGCCCGUAAUACCCCCCAACAGGGAUGAAGAGGAGGAUGAUGACUACACGCCCGCAGGCAAGAAGAAGAAGAGCAAGAAGGCCAAGGCCUCGAAGCGUGGCUCCAAGAGCGAGACGCCAGUGGGUUCGGUCCGCCCAACCGCAGCCCCGAGCACUCCCGAUAACCGCUCGCCGUCGCCAUUUGUGGAGGAGCACGCCAACGUCGGCAUUUCUAUGGGCGUCGAGAAGGCUCUUCGCGGCGCUCUAGCGAAGGUUGAAACUACCGGCCACACGAAGAUCGGCACUGUGCUAAGACGUCUCUCUCAACAGAGCAAGAACGACAAGGGUCUCUCUGAGCUCCUCAGUUACGUUGCGAAACACAACGGCAGAGCCCCCACGAAGGAGAAGCAGGCCGAAUUCGACCGCUACGUAAAGCGCGCGCGAAAGGCGCCCCCGCAGGAUCAGGAGGAAGAGAGUAUUGAGAGAAGCCCAAAGCGCGCGCGCAUUUCGCGUGGUGCCAACGGCCUCGCUUUGACGCCCUCGCAAUCCGCGCAGUCACCCUCGCCUUCAUCCCCGGCAAAGUCGACCACCAUCCACCCGUCUUCCGCGAUCCAAUCUCCAGCUCCCGAGGAACUGCCCUCCGAACGUGCCGUCACUCCUCCGAAGGAGCCCACAGCGGCCGACAUGGGGGUCGGCGCCAACGGCCUGACGUCGUCCGCCGUGCAUUCCCCCCGCUCGAGACGGGCUAGUAUAUCCUCCAUUUCAUCUCUAAGUUCAGUCGAUGAGAGUAUCGCUGCAGGCCCACCCCCUGACGUGCUGGAGGACCCCGCCAUCACCAGGCCGUCGACGGCAGGGCCUUCCACGAACGGCGCCAGCAAGCUGGGCAUUAGGACGAAGAAGCCGCUCCCCAAAAAGGCCGGCGGCAGCGCCGCCAGCAAGCGCUCUCCCGACGAUGCCGGCUUGACCGAGUCUGAAGACGAAGAGUUGCAAGCAAAGCGCCGCAAGUACAGCGAGGCGUUCAAGGACGUCGCAUCCUUCAACAGAAACAUCCCCGUCAGCAACAUCAGACCUGAACUCUCAUCGGCAGAUAUCCCCGCGCUCAACAACGGGUCUCCCGUGCUGCCUCCGCCCAAGAAGCAGAAGCUGAAGCUCACCAACGGUCUGCUCAAGAAGUCGGCCCUUCAAGCAAGCAGCAGUGCCGCGUCACCCCUCUCAGAAGGGUUCCCGCCACAUGGAUCCGGACCUGCCACGCGUGCUACCACGCCUAACCUCAACGCAGACGGCAACGACAGGCCGUCAAAGAGGCAAAAGACGUCGGCUCGCACAAAGCAUUCGCCGAUCAAGAAUAGGACGGGUGGUGUCGCGGGCGUUGCUCGUGCGAGUGGCGGAAUGGAAUCCCCGAUCGGCUACGAUGACAACGACGCGCGCUCCGAAAACGAUGACUUUUGUUCAGCUUGUGGCUUCUCUGGCCUGCUCCUCUGCUGCGAUGGUUGCGACAAGGCCUUCCACCUGACUUGCUGCGACCCGCCGCUCGAAGACACUCCUGACGAAAAGUGGCUUUGCCACCUGUGUGCGGCGAAGAGCAACAGCGCGUUGAGAGAGUCGGUCCCGUUCAGCUUGUUCGGCCCUCUGAUGGCCACCAUCAACAAGCGCAACCCCACCGUCUUCGCUCUGCCCAAGCGCAUCCAAGAUCAUUUCGAAGGUGUGCGUGCAGACAAGGAGGGCGCGUACGAGGAGGUGCAAGCGACGAAGCCCCUCAACAAGGGCCGUGGCGGCUGGGACGAAGUGCCCGACAACACCAGGCUGCUCGACACGAAGGGCAACGCUAUUCUUUGCGUGCAGUGCGGCAAGUCUUCGCUUAACAAGCAGCAGAUCAUCCAGUGCGAUAUCUGCAAUGCUAACUGGCACCUGGACUGCCUUGACCCGCCCAUGGCGAAUCCCCCACCCAUCCCUUUCAACAGCAGGCACCGUAAUGUUUGGAAGUGCCCGCGUCACAUCGACCGGGACCUUCGCGCCAUUGAGCCCACUGUGUCCAGCGCUCUCGGCAGCACGCGGAUCUUCCGGAUCCGCAAACCCAAGAACCCCAACAUCGUCGACGUCAACAUGAGGCGUGGCUUCAGAAACAACGGCAUCAUCGAGGUCGCCGACGAGAGCAGCGAUAGCGAGAAGGAGUUCGAAUCCAACGACGACGAAGACGGCGUCGUCUACCGCCUUCCGGUCAAAGGCAUCAAGCUGGACUUCAUAUCCAAGGUCAAGAAAAUGCGCAUGGACGACGAGGCCAUCCGCGCUCAACGAACCGGUUUCCCCGGCGGAGUCUCGACCCAGCCAACGGCGUACGACCGUGGGUUCAGCCGCGCCAACCCUACCGACCGGCGUGCUGCUGUCAACCUCGUGCAGCUUGCCAACCGAGAAUCCGACCUCGAGCUCGGCGGCGACGCGGUGCAGACGCUCAUCUACAGCCUGAACGGCGAAUCCCCCGACGAAGUAGUCGACAGUAUGACUGGCGCUGAGAAGGCACCGCUGGCGAUGGAGCCGCCCGGAGACGAGGAAAGGCGGCAGCUUCUGGCCCUGCAGGAGCUUAUUCGCCGCAGACUCGGCGUUACCAACGGGAGCGUCUGA